UACAAAUAUCAUUCACACUGAAUAAACUGCCCAAGUAACAAAUUCACAGUCUUAUUUUUCAAAUUUUCGUUUUAAAAUAGUAAGAAUAUUUGUCUGAUUUUUUAAGUUUUGUAAUACAAAUAAUUAUGGAGAGAAAACAACGAAAACAUGCUUCAGUUGCGGAACGGGGUAGGAAAAAAUGCACCGAGUCGCUCAAGGAUCUGUUGGGUAGUGUGGGCAUUAAUGACACAAACGACUGGUUAGAUUACGUUAACAAAAUCGUUGAUAAUAAAGCUGUACUCGUGAAUUCCCCACACAAGAGUGCAAAGCUAAUCGAAAGCUCUGAAAAAAAAUUAAGUAAAAAUUCAGGUAUACAAAUCUUGUUUCCUCCUCCCCGUUCAAUGGAUAAACGGAGCAGAAAGAUUAAAAACAUGAAACUUGAAAUAAAGAAAUUGUUUGAGCCAGAGUUACAAAAGGCAUAUGUUCCCGAAAAGAAAAACAGUAUUUGCCAAGCUUUGGGUAAUUUCUUCUUGAUACUUUUCGAUCAAGGACCCAUUGAGCAAAUCAGUUGCCUUGUAUUCACUAUAUUCACGAUGAUAAAGUGGGCGAUCUUGAAGCUUAAGAUCCAGCCGAGCAUUAAAGAUGGGCCCCAGGAUAAGGCCACUUCCCUCUUGGUUGAGAGAAUGGCCCCAUUGUGCUCCAAUCGACCUCAACCAUCCUUUAAUGAACGCACUAAGCAUAAAAACCACAAGUUUUAAAAAGUCAAGUUGACUUAAGAUAAUUAUCCCGCCGCUCUUCAUUAAAGCAUAUUGUCCAUCUCUCAAGAUACCAAAAAGCCUGAUGAAACUUAAAAAUGAGUACAUAGUUACACUCGAGGAAUGCCUUCUAUUCGGAACGAAUUUAUUUUUCGGAAACAUGUAUAAUUUUGUAGAUGUUUUUGUAAUGUAAGA